CAUGAAUAUGUUCAAAAGCGAUGAAGGCUCAACAGCACCACCUCCAGUGGGGGUCCCACCUAGACCCAGCAAUGAGACCCCCUCCAUAGUCAGCAAAGCUCCUUCCUCUGGAUCACUAGAAGAAGGACCAAACUCCACACAGCAACAGGGAAAAGCGGCUCCAGCCAUUUCUACACAUACAAGAGAUGGUUUGAGGUAACAGAAGGACAACAGUAACUCAAAUAACCACUUGUUACUACCAAGGUAUGCAGAAUACCAUCUCUGAACAAGUCAAACCUUGAAGCAGAUGGGCUACAGCAGCAGAAGGCCACACCAGGUGCCCCUCCUAUCAGCUAAGAACAGGAAACUGAGGCUACAAUUCACACAGGCUCACCAAAGCUGGACAGUAGAAGAUUGGAAAGACGUUGCCUGGUCUGAGGAGUCUCGAUUUCAUCUGCAACAUUCAGACGGUAGGGUCAGAAUUUGGCGUAAACAACAUGAAAGCAUGGAUCCAUCCUGCCUUGUAUGAACGGUUCAGGCUGCUGGUGGUGGUGUAAUGGUGUGGGGGUGUUUUCUUGGCACACUUUGGACCCCUUAAUACCAACUGAGCAUUGUUUUAACUUGACAGCCUACCUGAGUAUUGUUGCUGACAAUAUCCGUCCCUUUAUGACCACAGUGUACCCAUCUUCUUAUGGCUACUUCCAGCAGGAUCAUGCACCAUGUCACAAAGCUCAAAUUAUCUCAAACUGGUUUCUUGAACGUGACAAUGAGUUCACUGAACUCCAACGGCCUCCACAGUCACCAGAUCUCAAUCCAAUAGAGCACCUUUGGGACGUGGUGGAACGAGAGAUUCAUAUCAUGGACUGCGUGAUGUGUCAUGUCAAUAUGGACCAAAGUCUCUGAGGAAUGUUUCCAACACCUUGUUGAAAGUAUGCCAUGAAGAAUUAAGGCAGUUCUGAAGGCAAAAGGGGGUCCAACCCAGUACUAGCAAGGUGUACCUAAUAUAGUGGCCGAAACCUUGGAUGCUGAAAGGAGUCUUGCAGAAGGUCAACCCCUUCAGGUUUACCUCCCUGGUGCCAAAGAGCGAUCUUCAAAAUGAUUCUGCAGGUCCACCAGAAACAGGGAAAGAACUUAAAGACACACAGAACUCAGGGAUGAUUGCAGGGAUGAUGCAGAAAGUCAACCCAUUUAAAUCCUCACAGCCAAAGGAUACUGGGCCUCUGCACAGUGACCUCUCCUUCAGCAAUGGAAGCUUAGCAGACAGUAACAACUUGCCAGAGAAGCAGGACGCAAUGGAAGUUGAGAUGCUAGAGAUGGCUGAAGUACCAGUUCCCAGCAAAGGAACAGUCCUGGACCCUCUAGAUGAUGAGGAAGGCCUUUUAGCGUGGUGGAGAACCGUAGAGGACUGGGAUGAGUGGACUGAGGCAAACCAGAAUGAUGAAGAAGUGGUGGAACAGGUCGCUGAUCGUGUCUUCAUGGCGGCUCGUCUUUUUGUUCACUUUUUCAACCAGCGUGGCGUCUCACUCCAGCAGCGUAUCCUGGAGCUGCUCGAUCUGGCUGAUACAGCUGACAUUUUCCAUAAGAAAACAGUCACAACCAGUGUCGGUGGUGGAGUGGCCAGUGUUGCAGGAUCCAUCACUACGAUCACCGGCCUCAUUCUGGCGCCCUUCACUGCAGGAACGUCGCUCAUCGUUACAGCUGUAGGCAUUGGUAUAGCUACGGCAGGUGGGGUGGCAUCUGCUUCAGCCAACAUCACAGACACAGUCCAUUCAAAAAUGGACCGCAAGAAGGUGGAGAAGAUGAUCCAAGACUACCAGGAGGAGAUCAAGGACAUUAAGGAGUGCCUGGAGUUUUUGCAGGAAGGGAUGGAGACACUUGAGGAAUGGAACUUUGAGAAGUACGCUGAGAGCAUCUCAAAGAAGCACCUCAACCAGAAUGUCAAACAUGUAAUGAAGGAGGGCGGCCGGGCGGGCAAGGCUUUAGUGAUCAACACCGAGAGCCUGAUUAGUACCAUUCAGGUACUCAAUGUUGCAGGGGGUGCUGCCAAAGCUGCCCAGGUAAUGAGUGUUACCACUGGACUUAUGUCAGGUCUCUUCCUGGCUCUUGAUGUCUUUUUCCUGGCGAAGGAUUCCAUGGAACUCAAAAAGGGCGCAAAGACAGAGUUUGCUGCUAAGAUCCGAGAAGUUUGCAAGGACCUGCAGAAUGGGCUGCUGGAACUGAACCGCAUCAAGGAGCAGGUGCAGAAAACCAUGGAUGGUAUAGAGGUGGAGGUAGAGGAGGGGGAGCUGUUGAAGUCUGAUCUGAAGAAACUUGUCGAGCUUAAAAAAUGAAGGACACUGGGGUUAUGAAACAAAACCAAAGCCUCACUUUCUCAAUCCUAACACCCCAGAAACUAGUUUCAGCAGAAGUGGCAUUGUAGUUUAGAAUCAAUUAAUUAUAACUUUAAUUGCUCUUUCAAUAGCUAUUUUGUAGUCAUAUUAAAUAUUUAUAUCUAGCCAUUUUAAUCUGCUGUCUCAGUUGUGAAAGGCAGUCUUACCCAACAGACCAAUAGGGAGGAAGGAAAGCAUUUUUGCUUACUCAUACAAUAAUAAAGCAUCGGAUUAAGCAUAGGACUCAGGCGUGGAUGAGGCGUGAUCACCUUGUGCUCAGUGUGUGAUGCACUGGUGUGCGCAUGAAGAACAAUAAACAAGAUGACAAGCCCGUCUGUCUGGCUUCACUUGAAUUCCUCUGUGCUCAUCACCAUUUCAGCAUGAAGCAUGCACCAGGUGGCCAAAAAAGGCACCUGUUGUGGAUUAUUCUGAAUGAGGUGUAACUCAGUGAGAUCAUGAUGAAGACAUUACUUUACACAAACCCAACACUGAACAAAUGAAUUAAAUUGUGCCAACAUUCACAUUUAUUAAAGUCUAUCUUAAAACAAUACUUAAUUACCCACAUGUACAUUGAACCGGUGGUGGAAUGUAACUAAGUACAUCUCAGAGACAAAUAUUGUAGUUUCUAUUCCACUACAUUUGUCUGAUGUGCUUUAAUUACUAGUUACUUUUUACAUUACAAUCUUUCAUACCUUUCCUGUCCAGUGAAAACCAUGUAUCUCCAAAUAUGAUGAUUUGGAAUUAGAAAUUGUCUGAUAAAAUUAAGAAUGAAGUGUUGCUUUAAGGGUUGAUCCUACUUCUUAAUCUAAAUAAUUUUUUUUUACUGACCUUAGAUCAGCUGGCAUCAGGGCUGUUUUUCUGAGUUUAUGAAAAAUUGACUUUAGAGAUGAUACGGUUCUCAAAGGACAGCAAUGCUGCAAACAAAUGAUGACCUUACAGAAUAUGAUGCAUUACUGUAUUGCUGUGUUAAAGAGUUAAAACAUCCACAGCAGUAAAAAGCAACAUACACAUGCAUGCACGCAGGAAUAUUAAUCCUGUAGCAUAAUUUUUUAAAUUAUGGAUUAUACUUCACAUCCUCUGCCCGAACUACUGGUCAGACAACAAAGUAUCUUCAGUCAGAGACUCCUUUAGCUUAUCAGUAAUAACGACCGUUACAACAAGUCAUUCCUCUUAACCUCCAUCAUUCUUGUUUGCCACAUACCUCGUGUGUUUUAUGUAAAUUGUUUGUUUUAGUUAUGUAAACUGAUGCUAAGUAUGACACUGUAUUAUUAAUCCGAAAACAUCGUAUUGGUAAAGCACUGACAGGGACUGUCACUAUGAGUACUUUUACUUUUGGUACUUUUAAGUACAUUUUGCUGAUAAUGCUUACAUUCUUUUACUUAAGUAAGGUUUUGAUUGCAGGACUUUUACUUAGUAGUGGAGCAUUUUCUCUGUGUGAUAUUACUAUUUUUACUUACUAAGUAAAAUAUCUGAAUACUUUUUAAACUAUUGUUAAAACUGGAAACAAUACUUCCCCAAACUACUUUUUUCCCCCUAAGGCCUGGGCCCAGUUUUCCCAGCCUAUACAUUACAUUUACAUUUAUUCAUUUAAAUGACGCUUUUAUCCAAAGUGACUUACAAUUUCUAUUUAUGUCAGAGGUUGCACACCAGAGCAACUCGGGGAUAAGUGUCUUGCUCAGGGACACAUUGGUCUCUCACACCAAAGGCAUGUGUCUUAUCCACUGCCCCAUCUCCACCGCAACACUGAGUACACUAUAAAAGCUAGUUAACCUGUUACUCAUGGUCAUGCCAUCCAUUUGACGACAGCAGUCUUAAUCUCUUUUGUUCUCUAUACACUACCACAUUACAUCAUCCCUCUUUACACUACUGAUUCCACUGACGACUAAACAUACCACACCUGAUGUCCACUUAUGUAUUUGAUUAACUUCCUUGUCUUAAAUAAAGUACUUCAGAUUUCA